AAAGAAGUGAAACUAACAGUAAUGUAAAUAAUUAUAGUAAAUGUGGUUUGAUCAACAAUAUUCAGUUCUCACACUGAAGAACAUGUUUCACAGUCGCUGUUGUCUGGUUAGUGGUUAUGGUUUGGCAGUUCACAGGAAAUAUAGAAGAAACAGAGUUGAACACAACACCAGUAACAGUCUGUGCUCAGCUCUCGAGGGAAGAUUCAACAGAUUGAGGUGUUUACAGAAUGACUGCAGGUUAAAACUGCCUGAACUGAUCUCAGUUCUCACACUUCUCCAUUAUGACUGACAUUGUGUCACUAAAUAACAGCAUUUAAACACUCAGUCAGAUCAGAGGAAGUGAAAGACCACAGGAAGAGCUGAUAGUAUUUAAAGAAAGAGUUGUGAGCAUAUAAUGAAGAGGAAGACUGACAGAAAGAGAAAAUGGCUGAUAAGUGUCAUUUGUGUCUGCUGGGACUGAUCAUUCUCUCUUCACUUCUCACAGGAACCAGUGGAGUGAAUGAUGAUCAUGUGUUCAUCAGUUCUGGUGAAAAUGUCCGUCUGCCCUGUAAUAAUCAUCUUCAUGACUGCACAUCAACUACAUGGAACUAUUACAGACAUUCAGCAGCAGUUGAACUGAUUGGUUUAGGGAUAAAGGAGAAAAACAUCAAGAGACAUGAGAGACUGAGUCUGGGGUCUGACUGCUCUCUGAACAUCAACAACAUCAUAAAAGAAGAUUAUGGACUUUACACCUGCCAACAAUAUGUGAAUGACAAACAACAAGGAACUGAUGCACGUGUUUAUCUGCAUGUUCUUCAUGUCUCUUCAUCAUCCUCACAGACUGAGAUCAGUGCAGGCAGCUCUGUGACUCUCUACUGUCAGUUGUUUUCAUAUACUGGAGUCUCUUGUGAUGAUUGGAUCCGUUCUGAGGGAAUUCAGCUGUUCUGGGUGAAUCAGGCUGGUGUUAAACUGACAAUAUCAGACUCCAGAUAUCAGAUAUCAGCUCCAGGACACUGUAUCAUCACUCUGACUACAACACUCCUGAAUGAAGAUGACAACAGAGAGUGGAGAUGUGAAGUUACUCACAGAAAUCAAGUCAAGACCUCAGUCACAUAUACUGUCAAGAGUUCAGCUCAAGAUAAAACAACGACAGCAGUGAUUCCAGUCCACACCACAAACUCUCAGGAUCAUGAAACUACAAACACACACAAAACUAAAGCUCAAGAUAAAACAACGACAGCAGUGAUUCCAGUCCACACCACAAAAUCAACUACAACAACAGCAGUAACUUCUACACGAGGAGAGAGCGGUUCUCAUCGCCGCCUGAUUGGUGCACUUCUUCAGAGAAAUAAAGGUUAUGGAGUCAGUCACAACAUCUUUCAACUAUGAGUCAAACAUGAGGCGACGGCCUGACAUUCACAGUUCCCCCGGUGAACAGCAGCCCAUCACGACUCAGAUUACAGAGAACAGUUGAACACACUUGAAUUAAAAUGUUUAA